AUUUAAUUAGUCCAAAACAAAUAAAUGAGGAAAAUAAAAAGCUGCAUUCGAUCCUACGAUUCUGCAGGCUGCUGAGCUGCUCCGAUCCCUCCGUCGCGAUUCUGCCGCGUCCAACGGGGGCGGCCCGAUUGUUGUGGUUUCGGCCCAAUUAUACUGACCCGACCCGUUCGAAACACCCAAUUCACGAAUGUGAGGACACUGGAUUAGGGUUUCGACCAAGCUUCAGUGACCGAUUUUUCUCUGGUCCUCUCCCCUUUUCUGCUUGAGCUCUCGUGAGUCUCUCUUCUAACCAGCAAGCUCCGCGCCUUUAACAGCCGCCGCCUCCGCCGCUUCUCCAGCUAGCACCGAAGAAGAGAAGCAAUGCAUUCACUCUUCUCAAGCAAAAGCGCCAUUCGACUUCAACACUCUUCAUUUCAUCGUAUCAGUAGCUUCUUCUUCCUUAAGUUUCAUUCCGAUGAUUCCAUUCAAUUGGAUGAAGCUACGGUUCGGGAAACCCUUGUGUCCUUCAAUAACGAUUGGAAGAAGGCCUUUGACUUCUUCAACUGGGUGGAGUCCCAACACCACUUCCCUCACUCCACCACCACCUAUAACAACAUCCUUGACAUUCUCGCCAAGUACUUCGAGUUCGACCUCUGUUGGGACCUCAUCCACCGCAUGCGGUGGAACCCUCACUCCCAACCCGAUCACACUACCUUCCGCCUCAUGUUCCACCGCUAUGCCUCUGCCCAUGCCGUAAACGAUGCCAUUUCCACCUUUCAUCGCCUCUCCCAGUUUAACCUCAAGGAUCACACCUCCUUCUCCAACCUCAUCGAUGCCCUUUGCGACCACAAGCACGUCCUCGAAGCCCAAGACAUCGUCCUCGGCAACAACAAGGACCUUCUCAUUGAUGAUGGCUUCAUCGAUAGCGUUGGGAAAACCAAGAUCUCCAACAUGGUUCUUCGCGGGUGGUACAAGUUGGGUUGGUGGAGCAAGUGCCGUGAAUUUUGGGAGGAGAUGGACGCUAAAGGGGUCCACAAGGAUCUUCACUCUUACUCCAUAUACAUGGACAUACUCUGCAAGAGUGGAAAGUCAUGGAAGGCUGUGAAGCUCUACAAGAACCUGAAGAGCCAAAGGAUCAAAUUAGAUGUGGUUGUUUACAACAUAGUGAUUCGUGCAAUUGGUCUCUCCCAAGGUGUUGAUUUCUCAAUCAGGGUCUUCAAUGAGAUGAAGGAGUUGGGGAUUAAGCCGACUGUGGUAACAUACAACACUAUAAUGAGGCUCUUGUGUGAUAGCUAUAGGCAUAAGGAGGCACUUGCAUUGCUCAAUGAAAUGCGUAGGGAUGACUGCUAUCCCAACACAGUUUCAUAUCAUUGUUUCUUUGCGACACUUGAGAAGCCUAAAGAGAUGAUUGGGUUGUUUGAUAGAAUGGUUGGGAGUGGGGUGAGGCCCAACAUGGACACGUAUGUGAUGCUGAUGAGGAAGUUUGCGAGAUGGGGGUUUCUAAGGCUGGUGUUCAUGGUGUGGGACAAGAUGGAGCAGCUUGGGUGCAGCCCUGAUGCAUCUGCUUACAAUGCUUUGAUUGACGCUCUUGUCGAGAAGGGAUUAAUUGAUAUGGCAAGGAAGUAUGAUGAGGAGAUGUUGGCUAAAGGGCUUUCCCCUAAGCCUAGGAAAGAGUUGGGAACAAAGCUUGUCAUUCAUCAAGAAGAAGAAGCUCAAUGUUGAUCAACACA